AACAAAUUUCAUUUGUGCAUUAGUACUAGGAAGGAACAUAGACCUCUUUGUAACCAAACAUCAAAACAUUUUAUCUCUCUCUCGCUCUGUAUUUUGUUUUGUCGUGAUGACGCGUUUUAAUGGCGGCUAAACCUUCAUUUCUUCUUCUUCUUCUGCCAUAGUUUUCCUUUCUUUUAAACAGACAAAAAAAAAGUUUAUAUAUAACAUUCCUUUUCCUUCCAUAUUUUUACUUUGCUUUGCUCCUAUCCUUUCCCAAUGUUUUUCUUCUUCUUUCUCCUUUCUUUCGUCCUCUCUUUCUUAUUCUUAUUCUUUUCUUUUCACUAUAAAAAACUCCAUAAACAACAACAACUACAAGAAGAAGGCAACCCCCAGAAUGAAUCUGCCCUUUUGAACUGCUGUUUUCCCGAUAUUGUUGAUACGAGGGCACAAACCCGGGGAAACGACUCUACUCAUUUGCCCCAUACUCUUCUUCUACAGAUUAUGCCUUCCGAUUCUGCAAAAUGGGCUGGUUUGUUUACCGGGGAAAACCAACAAAAAGGGGAUGCCAGUCGGGUCGGGUCGGAUCGAGAUGGGGAGCGGUGUGAAUCAGGUGGUGAGGAUCAGAGGACGAAGAAGAAGAAGAGAAGAGGGAAGAAGAAGAGAUUGGAUUCCAAAAGUGAAGAAGGAAAUGGUGACGGAAGGUGUAGUUGUUCAGCGCAAGAGAAGAAGGAAAAGGAAGAAUCGGGUCGGGGGGAUCCGGGUUGUCGGAUCAAACCGGAGCUGGUUUGCUUGUACCCAUUUACAUCAACUGGUAGUGCUACGCAGAGGAAGAUUAAGCAACAUUAUGACCAGCUUGUUAAGUGUCAUCAAAACAACGGAUUAACAUUAGCUCAGGUUGGAGAAUUUGCUAAUUGCCUGAUGGAGGCUAGGAAUGAGUUGCAGCACAAGUCUGAGGUGGUCAAACGUAGGUUCACAAUAACAAAGGCUCUACUAUUCAAAGCAGAUCGAUCAUCAUUUGAUCGCCUGAGACAGCAAAUAUACAAGCUAGAAAUGGAACAGAAGAGAUUAGAAGAGGAUGCAUUUGUCUAUAACUGGCUCCAACAGCAACUUAAACUAUCUCCGGCUUAUAAGAGGAUGCUAGAAGUUUGUACUUGCAUGGAGUCAAAGGGCAAGUCCAGUGAGCCAAUGGAAGACCCGGAUCCUGAAUUUGCUGACAUUUCUUUUGAGGAGUUACUAGCUCAGGAAAAGAAGGAUUCGUUUUGGCAGAAAAAUGGGAAAUCAAAAUUAAGCUCAAACUGAUGACUUCAUUUGUUUAGCUAACUUGACUUUAAACCACACCACUUUUUGUAGCUCUCUCAUGGAAGCUAUUAAAUGACAAAGCUCUCAUCAUUCUCCACCAUGUUUAGCAGCCAACACUCCCUUUCGAGAUCAGAGACAUUGGCUUAUUCUAUAGCUUAAAACUUUAUAUAGCAUCAAUGUGCGGGGGCUUUAGUUGAUAUGGUUGAGGAGUUGAGGUUUGAGUAAAGCUAAUUAUAUAUAUAGCUUAAACAUCUGCAUCAGCUAUGAAUAGAGGGGUUGGUGUUAUUGUAGAUUAUACAGAACUUGAAAAUGUAUCCUACUCUUUAAUAUCAAGUUUACUGUUUUAACGUA